AAUUAUGAAUGUUGACACUUUUUGCCGUCAAUGGCGUAUGAUAGACGCAAGUGUGUCGAUGUGUCAGAUAAAUUUUAUACUAUAUCGGAUUUUAUAUGACGUUACAGUUAAGCAGUGAAAUGUAACUAUAGGAGUGGCAUUUAUAAAUUAAUUGUAAUAGAUAGUAGUGUCGUAGAGAACGUGACCAUUCUAAUUACGGAUGUUUAAACUUGGAAUGUUCAAUGUCUGUGAAUAUGGAAGUAGAAAAGAACACAUCCAAAGAGGUUGACACUCAACUUUCGGCCAGUGAUUCGAUGGAAUUUAAUGAUGAUAUUCAAAAAGACAACGAAGAUAUCAAAGACGUCGAAGAUUCAUUGUCUUCUCUUAAAAAUGUUACGAUUGAUAACGAGAAACGUGACGAUACUAUUAUAUACGCACAAUUUGAGAAUUCUCAGAUUUACGCGAAAGAUGCAGAGGAUAAUCUAGUGUCGACGAACAACGAGGAAGAAGAAAAAAGCGAUGAAGAUAAAGAGAAGGAAUUAUCACAGGAUGAAAAGGUUUUAAAGAAUGAUUGCAAGACUGAACAAACAGAAGUAACAUCAGAAAAUUCUACUAAUGAUUAUGUGUCUCAAGCUCCAUUAGCUUUCACAAUUGAUUUUGGCAAUAAGGAAGUUGAUACAACUAAAUAUCAAAAUUUGUUUGAAAGAUAUAAUGCUAGACACAAAAGAAAUUUGUCCACAUCUAAAGUAGAAAUAAAUACAAAAAAGCCUGGUACUUUAAUUUCUUCAAAUUUCACACAAAAACAAAAAGUAUCUAGUACACAUUCUGAAGGUUAUUUUAGUAGUGAGGAUGACACAAAACGGAAAACAGAUCAAUUGUCAGAGAAACUGAAACAACUAGGUUCAAAAUCAUUUUUAAAACCAUUGCAUAUCUUACAAAAAUCUGAGUCUAAUAUAAAAGUAUCAAAUUUUCAAAAUAAACAAGACACAAUGAGUAAAUCUUUUGAACAAUCAAAACAACCUAAACUUCCUUAUAAAAAUCUUUCUUUAGAACUUGGUUAUACAGAGAAAACAAAUGCAACAUCAUAUUGGGUACCACAAAAGUCUGCUACUAUAAAUGAUUUAAGUAGAAUUCAAUUGAACAAUUAUGAUGAUGAUGCUGAAAAAUUGUAUACAAAGAAUAUUGAUCAAGACGAUGAAUAUGAACAUUCAUCUGAUAAUAUAUCUGAUAAAGUGUCUAACAUAAAUUAUGUUAGAAGUAAAACUAUAAAUAUCAAAGAGUCCAAUUUAUCUAGUGUCAGUUAUACAAUGGAAGUAAAUCCAGAUGAUUUAAAUGAAACAAAUAUAGAUGUUUUCAAUGUAAGUAAUAUUGAUGGAGGAUCAGAUGGAGCAGUUAGUGAAGCAGGAACAUAUACAAUUCAUAAAGAUUAUACAGAUGAGGAAAAAGCAAGAAUGGAUAUUGAUAAGGUAUUUAAUGUUGGUGUUUUAACUGAAGAAGACAACAGUGAAGCAUGUAUUCAUAGUUUUAAAAUGAGUGUUUCAAGAGAUAACAAUACGUGGAUAUCAGAAUGGGCCACUCAAGUAGCAGAACAUAAUUCGUUACCACCAGCAAUUGGUGGAUCAACUGGUCGUACGCCUCCAUUAAGUCCAUCCAAAAUACCAUCUCCUAUUCAUAGCAGAUCACAACGACUCGCUCGUAGCCGCAAUGAACAAAGUGACAGCAGUUUAGAUGUGGAAUCAUAUUUACGAAUAAAAGAGAGGAUUGGUUUAAUUUCAAAUCAACAUACACUUAUUGAUUCUGGUGGAGAAUCAGAUGAUGAUACCAGUAAUAGUUAUAAUACACCACCACAAAGUUCACAAAGAACACCAAUACAUGGGGUUUUAACCAGGAGAGGAAGUUUAUCUGAAUCUCUUUUUAGGAGAAUUAACACCAAUGAAAAUAGGAGAAGUAUUCGUAAAUAUAUAAGUCCAAAUAAAUCAAAGACUGAAGACACAAAUGCUGAAUUAAGUAGUCCGUCCAAAGAGUUUACUUCCCUUCAUUUAGGAAGACGAAGUAGUUCCUUGGACAGGAGAGACUAUACAUCUAAUACAACGGAAUGUAAUACGUCCAAAAGAAAUAGUACGAAAUAUCAAGAUGAUGAAAUUAAAUACUCAAAUAGUCCAGUUUUAAAUCGUCUAAGACCGUCUACACCAAAAUUAACAAACAGUCCAAUUGUAACUCGUAAGACAGCCACUAAAAUUCUAAAUUCACCAGUAUUGGAAAGAACUAAACAUUUGACAAAAUCUUCUCCACAAGCUAAAAAUAUUGGAUACUUUACAUGCGUUGAAAAUAGUCCUUAUAUGUUAAGAAAAUCGAAUAGUACUGCAACUUAUCACGAAGAAAAUGUUGACUUUAAUACGAUAACAGACAGUGUUCUUCAAAAUAGUCCAAAUGUUAAACGUAAUUUAAAUAUCCAAAGAUCAUGUAGCAAUGCAAAUAUUAGAAAUAUAAAAUCACAAAGCCAGUCAUCCCGUCGUAGUAGCUUUAAUAGUAGUGAUAUUGAUAAAGCAUCUUUACCAGGAAGAUAUCUUGCUGCUUCUGACAGUAGCAGUGAAACUGGUGAACAACAAGCAAAAUCUUCAUUAGGUUCAAUUUCUUCUGGAAUUAAAUUAAAUCGAGCUUUUAGUAUAAGAAGAGCAAGAUUAAAUUGUGAAUCUGAUACAACCCCAAAUACAACUCCUGAAGAAAGACGUAGAAGAGCACAAAGUGAAGUGAAGUCAGCAUCUUUAAAUAAACAGCAAAAUUAUCAUCGAAGUCGUACAAGUAAUGCGAAUGUACAUAAUAAAGAAUCUUUAAAAAAAUCAGAAUCUAUAAAACCAAGAGCUGCAUCUAUAUCAAGAACUGAUAGUACAAGACUUAGUACGAGAUCAUCUCAUGUAAGUCAUGUUCCUACUACACAACGACCUACUCAAACAAUAAGUAAAGAUCAGAAAAAAUCUGGUAGAAGCAAUUCAACAUUGACAUCAAAAGAAGUAGAAUUUCAAAAUUGGAAAAGAAGAAAAAGUUAUGAUCCAAUGAAAGCAGCUGCUGAAGGUAGAAAAAAAUUGAUAGACAAUUCAAAAAAACACCACAGCACAGAAGAUAGUUCUGGAAACCAUGAUAAUUCUGUAUUACGGUCGGCAAGUUUUCAUGGAACAGGUGGUACUCUUUCAUUAGCUAAUGAAUGGUCUGACAACGAAUUAAGUAUUGUUAAGAAUGACAAUCAAGUACCUCCACCAUGCAGUCCGCAAUUGGAAAGUGAUAGUGAUGUAGAAACAUCAUAUUAUUUACAAACAACACAAAAUGUAAUGUCAGCUAUGUCUGCUCGUAUUACGGUUUGUCAUUCAUCAGCUUUAAUGGAUUCGGAUAAUGACAGCGAUGAAGAUACUAGUCAUAGUUUACACAAAAGUAUAUCAAAAACAUUACACCAAGCUAGUGACACAGAGAGCAGUGAUGAUCGUCAUCCUAAUGCACAGAAUGCUAUUUCAAAUACUAAAUAUAAUCGAGCGUUUAGUUUACGUAGAGCAAGAUUAGACGUGCAACCUACAAAAUUACCAGGAAAUAUAAAUAAGAAUAAAUCGGGCACGUCGGAUACUCGAAAAUCUGAAUCUUUUACAAGCAUCAGUAGGACUGACUCUGGACGUUUUAGUAUGAGGUCAAAUAGAACUACGACUAUUGGACCUAAAAUAAAACCAAAAGAAAUGAAAAAGCCCGCUACGCCGAAUGCAAGAGAAGUCGAAAUGCAAAAUUGGAAACGUCGUAAAAGUUAUGAUCCUAUGAAAGCAGCAAUGGAAGGGAGAAGGAAAGCAGGCUUGGCUAAGAAAAAUACAAAUGCCAAUCUUUCUCCGAGCAAUGUUGCAAGAUCACGCAGUUUUCAUGGCUCAUCAGGAUUUGGAAUUAGUGAUUGUAGUGACGAAGAAUUGGUUAUAUCUGCAGAUGAAGUUGCACUUUAUUAAAGGUCAAGUCAUUAAUGAUAUUAUAUAAACGAACUUAAUUAUAAAAAUUUCAACUAUAUUGAUGUAUAUAAAGACUAAAAGAGAGAGAAUCCAUUCUCACAGAAUUGCUCUAUGAAUAGUUCUAUACAUUAUAGAUUAUAUGAUCUGAAGGAGAAUGUUAAGAAAAUCUUUUCUAUAUUAAAAAAUUCUAUUUUUUGCAACUUUUAACGUUAAGAAUCUAUAGAUCUAUAUGACUAUUGAUACUAUUCUAAGUUGAAGUAUUACUGUUCAACAAAAUUGAUGCCUACUUUCAUAAUAUUUAUGUGGAAACAUUCUCAUACUCUGAUUUUUUUUGUUGUAAUAUAAAUUUCGACUAUGUCCUAGAAUAUAUUGUGUUUCCGAGGAAAAUAUUUACGAAUGUGUUGAAAUUUUGGAAUUUGUGGUGAAAAAUAUCGUAGUUCCAAUCUUAGGGCCUAACAAUAAUAAAUAUUAAAUAGAAACAGAAUUAUAUACAUAAUUGGACCAAUCAUAUAACGGUGUAAAGAUUAAUAUGUUUGCAUCUAAGAUUCAAUAUGUUAAUUAUUUUUUAUUGUAGUAAAUAUCCUCUUGAAUUUGUAAACAUAAUUUUCAAUGAUAUUAUGUGCUCUCUAGUUUAUUUUAAUUAAGUUUUAUGCAUUAUUGGAAACAACAUGUAUCAUUACAGAUACUACUAAAUUAUUAGUUUUUGAUA